UCUACCAUGGAAAAAGCUAAGACUUUGAUCCUUCUGGCCUUAAUGCUGGUCUUCUGUCAGGCUGCACCUGUGGAUCAUCAUGGUGGGUCAGAUGGUCAAUGCCCUUUAACCGUAAAGAUCCUGAAUGCAUUAAAAGGCGAACCUGCUGGAAAUGUGGCACUAAAGGUCUUUCGGCAAAGCACUAGUGGAACAUGGGAAAAGGUUGCCAGUGGGAGUUCAGAUAUGGCUGGUGAGGUUCAUGAACUUCUCACAGAGCAAGAUUUUAAAGCUGGUAUAUACCGUGUGGAAUUCGAUUCUAAAUCCUACUGGAAGGCAGAAGGUCAAACAUCAUUCCACCAAGUUGCUGAUGUGGAGUUUGAGGCUCAUGCAGAAGGACAUCAGCACUACAUUCUGGCUCUGCUGAUGAGCCCCUUCUCCUACACCUCCACAGCCGUCGUAUCAAAAGCACAUCAUUAAUGACACACAGAUAUGCCAUAGGUUAACGUUGCAAUUGGAAAUACAGUAUUUAACCCCCGUCUUUACCUUAAGGCUAUUAUGGUGAUGUGUAUAAAUUAAAAAUGAAAGUCUUGGUAAACAGAAACAAUAUAUAUUUACUAAUACAUA